UAUGUGAGAAACCUGGACUGAAUUUGAACUGAAUUGCAGUUCUUGUUUGAGAAAUUGCUGCGUAUUGAAAAUUAAUGCGUACGACGGGGCAUGCGUAGUUUCUGGAAGGUACGAAGUACCCAAGACGCAUCAAUCGAUGAUCACAUUCAACGCAAUGACGAAGGAAAGUGGAGAAGUACAAGUAAAUGGAUCUAUAUACGAGCAAGAGGAUUUUAUUUAUUCAUACGGAUGGAAUCGUGUCAUGAUGCAUGCGAUCGGCGGUUGGCCUGAGGAGAAUGACAACUUCUUCAUGAAGAAUCGAAUAUUUAUUAAUUGCCUCGCCCUUAUACUUUUUGUUAUUCUACCCCAGUCGGCGGGUAUGGCGGUAUUUUGGGGGGACCUCAACGCCUUCAUCGGGGCUUUUUUAGUGAAUCUUGCGGUUAACGUGUCAUUUCUGAAAAUCUUCUGGAUCGGGAUUCAACGUUCUACUGUGGAACAUUUACUUAAAAUGAUGGCUGAAGACUGGUUGAUGGAGAAAACCCUUGAGGAGCACCAGGAGAUGAUGAAGAUGACUAAACUCGUUAGACUGAUUUCGUCCCUGAGUUUUUAUGGAACUCUCGCCCUCUUCACAGCGUACGUUUCUGCGCAGAUACUCUUGGGAUUUGAGCUCAGAGAUGAUCCCAACGUCGACCCGAGGCUGUCAAUCGGUUUUCUCUACACAUGUGUUUUCCCCUUUGACACAUCUUCACUAGCUGUUUUCAUCCCCAUCUGGCUAGUCCAAUUUUUCUUCACUUACGUGUCAAUGGCUGGAUAUUCUUCACCAGACAGCUUCUUAGGAAUGUUUGUAUUUCAUCAGUGUGGCCAGCUAAAACUGUUGCGUCGUAGAUUGGAAAGAAUCGUUGACGAAGAAACGAUAGGAAGUCCCCGAAAAUUCUGGGAAAAAUUGGGAAAACUUGUGAUGAGACACGAGCAUCUGAACGAACGAGCAUCAGAGAUCGAGGAGGAAUUUAACAAAGUUUUUCUCGCUAUUGUACUCAUUUGUAUUUUAACAACUUGCACUCAAGGAUUUACGCUUAUAACGUUGCUGGAAGAGACUGAGGGAGGCUUUCCAGUGCUUCAGAUGAUUUUUCUACUAGUCUUCACGACUUAUGAUUUGGGUCACUUUUUCAUGUACUGUAUGGCAGGAGAUAUAUUAAUAACUGAGAGCUCCAGUAUUGGUGUCUCACUGUACAACAGUCAGUGGUGCAACUUAGCUCCCAAUGAGCGGAAAUCAAUUCUCAUUCUCACCAGUCGAUGCGUCAUACCGCAGCAAAUAACCGGUGGAAAAUUUACAAUUCUAUCACUACCUCUUUUUGCAAACGUUGUCAAAACAGCUGCCAGCUAUCUCUCAGUACUACUUGCCAUGAAAGUUUAAUGAUAAAUCUCUUUGCAUUGUCUAUUGGCCGCCGAUAAUGACUAACUGGAUUCUCAUGUUAAAUGCUUGGAAGUUUCUAAUCCAUAGAAUGAAAAUCUUAGGUUAUUCACCGGAUAAAUUAUUCUAAUCGAUAUAAUUCUCCCUAAAUGAUGACACCUACGUUUAGAAAAAAAUAAUAGUUAAUUGUCAUGGAGAUCCCACUAAUCUUUUAUUUCAGAAGUCUUGGCUUUGUCUUUAAGAUUUGUUCAUAUAUUGUGGUUAUUUUUAAAGGGCUUAAAAACGUCUCAAUAAAAUAAAAAAUCGCCAGAAUCCAGA